ACCUCAUUAGGGAAAUUCCCUUGAACGCGCGGACGUAUGCACUGGUAAUCACAACAUCUCACUUGCGAUCUUGUACCGGUCGAUAGGAGUUUCGGCUGGUAGUUCACCGUACGUGUGAUGUCAACGCUGUGAAAAUUACCGGGAAAAUAACAAUCCUCAGGACAGCCGAUGCCCGAUGGAGAAGAUACUAAAGGAUGUUCUUGGGGCUACGAGGGUCAAAUCAUUCGGUACAACUUCCGGAGGCUGCAUCAGCGAUGGACAGAGCUACGACACCGACAAGGGCAAGUUCUUUGUCAAAGUCAAUGGAAAGAGUGGGGCAAGGCAGAUGUUUGAUGGUGAGAAGGCAAGCCUUGAAGCUAUACAGGCCACAGAGACCAUCAGGGUUCCCAAACCUGGACCAGUCUUGGACAAUCCUUCAGGAACGGGAACCAUAUUCAUCAUGGAACAUCUUGAUCUUCAAGGUCUAAGCAAACAUUCUGCAGCUCUAGGUGAACACUUAGCAAGAUUGCACCUUCACAACCUAGACGAGGGUAAGAGAGCCAGGCAAGAAGAAGGGCGUGUAGGGGCAGAUACCUCCCAAGGAUUCGUCAGUCAGUUUGGAUUUCAUACCACCACCUGCUGUGGCUACCUUCCUCUUGACAAUACAUGGUGCGACGAUUGGGUGCGCUUCUAUACUGAGUACCGCCUGAAGAAGCAGCUAGACCAGAUACAGGAGAAGAGCAGUGACAAAGAGUUAAGAGAACUGUGGCCACUCCUGGAGAGAAAGAUACCCAAGUUGUUUGAAGGUUUGGAGAUCACUCCUGCACUGCAGCAUGGUGAUCUAUGGGGUGGUAACGCAGGCCAGCUUGAAUCUUGCCCAGUUAUUUUUGAUCCAGCCAGUUUUUAUGGCCACCAUGAGUUUGACUUGUCUAUAGGAGCCAUGUUUCACUCUUUCAACCAAGACUUCCAUAAGGCCUACCACAAACUCAUCCCCAAGGCUCCUGGCUUCGAGGAGAGAGAGAAACUAUACUUACUCUUCCACCACUUGAACCACUGGAAUCAUUUUGGAGCAAGCUACAGAAGUUCUUCAUUAUCUAUCAUAAGAAGUCUUAUCAAAGACUGAAUCCAGAGUUUGUAACCAAUCAUAAGAACUCUCAAGCUGCCAUCCCAAAGAACCAACAUACCUGCAUUCUAUCUAUCAUCAACAAAUGUGAGGAACUCAAGAGGAACCUUGUUUACCCUAAAUCUCUUACUGCUGUCAAUCGUUUUGGAUCAAGUUACGAGGCUGUUUAUACUGACCAAACUAAGAACAGUUGGACCCACUGAUGAUAGAUCUUAAGAACUCUCAAGGUGCUAUCCCAAAGAACUACUGUCACCAUCAAGUAUGAGGAACUCAACUCAAACCUUGUUUACUCAAAAUGUCUUGCCGUUAACCGUUUUUAAACAGGUUACUUUGCUUACAUAUCAUGGGGUGUGUUUAUUGACCAAUUUUUUGCCUAGAAUCAGUGUUUUCAAACGUCUUUUAGGCAAAUUUUUAAGGUGAUAAAUGCAAAGCCUUUUUCUAACGUCUGUAGAUAUGGGCAUAUUGUAACGCCGAAAAAGGUGCGUUUCGAAUGUGACAUACAGCCAGAAUCACGUUUCUGAGAGAUGAUAAACGCAAAGCUGUUUUGAACUCCACAUACAAAUCGGACCUUCCCAGGCUAAUUUCCGGUUCGAACGCUAUAUGUGUAGCCAUUAAAUAUAUUUGAAGCUGAUUGUUCAAUUGUACAUUUUAUUUUAAGUCAUGUACGUUAUGUGGGUUUAAUCAAGUGAUAAUGUUGUUUCAAAGAUAACGACUAUAAUAAAUAAUAAAUGCCUAAAUCUCAUUUGUGGAGGAAUCACUGUUUAUCAACUUUGCUCUGAUUUUAUAUAAUUGCUUAGAGGGAAAGUUAGUGGUUGUGAGGGUUAUGGUGAUUGAUAACUUAUAUUACAUAUACACUUUUUAAACCUGAAAUAUUUGUUAAUUACUGAUUUAUAUGCACAUGAAGUUAUGAAAAUUGCAUUUAUGAUUGUAAUAUUGGUACAUGCCUAAGUUUAAGUUUCUCCUUGGUUCAUUUUCCUAUGCAUGAAAUGCCACAUACGCACACACACAUGCACAAGCACACACUCUCUAUCUCUAUCUCUCCUUUCUCCCUCUCUCUCUCUCUCUCUCUCUUCAUUAUAUUCAAUCACAGAAACAGAAAUAACUAUUUUAUGAAAUAUUUUGUUUCAUAUAUUAAUUUUUAAUUAGGGUAGAUUUUUUAUCACAACAUCAGAAAACUUCUGUUCAUCUGAAGAAAUUGUCUGAACUAUUCUUACUUUUCUUUCUGAAAGAUAUAUCUUUUUGAGUUUAUGUGCUUGUAUAUCAUGUAUUUGUCAUUUAUUUAGACUUUCUAUGUAAUACACAAGGCCAGUGGUGAAUUAUUAACAAUGAGUAUUUAUCAACAUAUACAUGUAAUGUAUAUGUAUAUUAAAGUCAUAUUCAACAAAUAAAGAAUCUUGAAUCAAA